CCACGUUUUUACAGCGCAAUGGAAUGCAAGUAUUUUUUCCUUCUCAGACAUCUUCGUGGUUUUUAGCGUUAACCGUGCUGAAAAGGGAGUUGGGCGGUUCUCCUUAAAUGUAAAUCUUUCACUCAUUACCUCAGUGGAAGCUAAUAUUUCUUAGACUGUAACAGCAGAGCUGGCCCAAACUGUUUUCUUUUUUCCUCAAAAUUAGAUGCACAAGUCAAGUUGAAUCACUUCUUCAAUCCACAGAAGGUCUAUUUUAUCAAGGAUUUCUAAACGCCAGCUGAUAUCAAUGCUUCCGAGCUCUGAGAACAUGUCGGAGGUAGAGUUGGUGGAGGUUGCUAAACCCGAAGAUAAUGAGAAAAAUGAAAGAUGUUCUCAGCCCUUAGGUGAAGAUGAAUUAAUUAGGAAUGAAUUUAACAUUUGGAUUUUCCUCAAGAGGAAUGCCUUUGUCAUUCUCACAAUGGUUGCUGUUGCAGUAGGGAUUGGACUGGGCUUUGCUCUGCGACACGUUAACAUGUCUAAGAGAGACAUAGCAUAUUUAACUUUUCCUGGAGAGCUGCUGCUGAGAAUCCUGCAGAUGAUGGUGCUUCCUCUUGUCGUUUCAAGUCUAAUUGCAGGCAUAUCAAAUGUUGACAGAAAAGAUUUUGGAAAAAUCGGGCUUCGGACCCUCAUCUACUACUUGGUAACCACUGUUAUUGCUGCGUUCACUGGCAUUUUCCUGGCGGUUCUCAUCCAGCCGGGGAAAUCAUCCAGGCACACGUCCGAGUCGUCUCCUACUGAAACACAGACUGUGCACAGUGUGGACGCUUUCCUGGAUCUGAUCAGAAACAUGUUUCCCUCAAAUCUGGUGGAAGCUUGUUUCAGAAAAUUUUUAACAGUUAAUCCCAGCAGUAAUUCAUCAGGAAAUACAACAAACACACCAACAGCAGGAACCUCAGACGGCAUCAAUGUUGUGGGUCUGUUGGUGUUCUCUGUCGCCUUUGGCCUCAUCCUGAGCAGUAUGGGGUCAGAGGGAAAACCUCUGAGGGAUUUAUUCAACUGCAUGAAUAAAGCCAUUAUGCUUCUUGUUAGCAUAGCUAUCUGGUAUUCUCCAGUGGGAAUCAUCUUCCUGCUGGCUGGGCAGGUUGUUAAAAUGACAGACGCAGCAGAAAUAGGUCGUGAUGUUGGCAUGUACACUCUGACUGUGAUCACUGGGCUGAUGAUCCACGGCUGCGUCACGCUGCCGCUCAUCUACCUUAUUGUCACAAGAAAGAAUCCCUUGAGGUUUUUUGGAGGAAUCCUCCAGGCUCUCAGCACGGCCUUUGGGACUUCAUCCAGUUCUGCAACCUUGCCUGUUACUCUUCGUUGUAUGGAGGAAAAUCUGAAGAUGGACAAACAGGUGACGAGCUUCAUGCUGCCUGUAGGUGCCACUAUGAACAUGGACGGUGCUGCUCUCUAUGAAGCAGUGGCAGCUUUAUUCAUAGCUCAGGUCAACGACAUGGACUUCAACUUUGAACAGAUUAUUGUCCUCAGUUUGGUUGUCACAGCAGCAAGCACGGGUGCACCUGGUAUCCCACAGGCUGGUAUGGUAACCAUGCUGAUUGUGUUGAGCUCGACAGGACUGCCCACUGAAGACAUAUCACUGCUCCUCAUGGUUGACUGGAUUUUGGAUCGUUUAAGGACUGCCACCAAUGUACUUGGUGACUGCUUUGGUGUUGGAGUGGUGCAGCAUCUCUCCAGACAUGAACUACAGACAUCCAGUCCUGCAGAAACAAAUCUGGUGUUGGAAGAAAAUCCACCCUCCAAGAGCAUCAGCAUCAAAAUGGAAUGAGUUGCCUGAAGGAAGAAAACAUCCCUUCCUAUGUUGAGUAAAAUAAUGAUAAUGAAUUUUGCUUCUUUUUGUAUCCUGUGGUUUGUGGCACAGAAACUCCAGAGGGAAACACACUCUUGUUGUAAGACUCAAUAGAUUGCACUGGGGGAUCUCAAUGGUUUUCAGGCUAAAACAAAAACUUCUAAGCAACUUCAAGUCAUUCGAAAGGCUUCCUAAACUUCAACAAUAUUCUUUCAGUAUGAAAGCAGCCUUGCUCACACAAACCAUCUAUUAUAAUUUCUACAAACUGAACAGCAGUGAUCUUAGUAGUGGUCCUUGUGGUACUCCCCUACUACAGACAGCAAAUGGGCCCAUCAGAAAGCUAUUCCAAACACGCUGACUAUAGUUUUUAUGCAUACUCUACUAUCUUGUAGAGAAUGAAAGUGUUGUAGCACCAGGGGAAUGUGCUGGUAUAGUAACAUAGUUCCUUCUUCGUUCUUAGUAAUUUUGUUUUUCAACAAAAUGAUGACAUGUAAUUUAAUUAGGGACUUGCUUUCAAGUCAAACUGAAUCAGUUGCAGUAAAUUUACUCUUCUCUUUAAAACCUGUGAAGUGGUUUCACAGAAAAAUUUAAGUGGUUAACCUCUAGGCUUUCUGUCCCACCAAUUUUAAAUAUUGUUGUUCAAUAUUUCUUUUUUUUAUAUAUAUAUUGUCAAAAUAUUUGCCAGAACCUUUUGGUAAUGCCUUUGCCUGUUUAAUGAUAUCAAGGAAGAAGAUAGCUUCAUUUCUAAGGCCUUAGAACCUUGUUGAUCAACUGCCAAGCCUGAUUUUUUGAUUGAUUUUGUUAGUUGCCAUAUAUCACCACUUGUCCAAUGAAGAGUGAGCUUUGUAUUCACAACCUAAAUUAAAAAGGAUGACCGAAUUUCUUUCACAUUUUUCCUUUGCUAAAACCAGCAUAUGUUGUUUAUUGCUGUCAUGAUGUGUAAAAAACAACAGUGAUGAGAUUUUGCAGGCAUAAAGGCUUUAAUCUUC